GGUACCAGUACUUAAUAAUUACCUCAACGAGUGGUUUUUACGACCUAAUCGUUAAGGAUGAUCUCCAGCAAAGUCGUGAUGGUGCCAUUGUUGUUUGCCGUUUGUUCGGUUUUGGGUGCGCCGCAGCAGGGCAAAGAGGUGCCGAUCAUUUCGCAGGAGAGCGACAUUCAACCCGACGGCAGCUUCAAAUGGUCCUUCGAGGCGGGAGACGGUACUAAAGCGGAACAAAGUGGACAACCCAAGCAGAUCGAUAAAGAGACUCCGGUGGUGAUGCAAGGAUCCGCCUCCUGGACCGACAAGGAGGGCGGCAACCACCAAUUGACUUACGUGGCGGACGAGAACGGGUACCAACCCCAAGGACCGGACGUACCGCCGAUUCCGCCGGCGAUCCAGAGGGCGCUGGAGUACAUCGCCGCCCAUCCAAGCAAGGAUUCCCAACGAUAAUUUCCCGCAUGUCACGGAUUUUGGCUGGAUUACCCUGAAUAUUUAGAUCGCGUUGUAUAUAUAUAUUUAUAUUUAAGGAGGUCGGCUGUGGUGUAUGUAUUUCAAUUGUGCAAGUUAAAAAUGUACUCGUAUUAUAUUAUAUUUUGUAUUAGUGUAAUGUUUUUUUUUUGUUUUAUUAAAGUUAUGCCUUGAAUUUUGA